AUGGACUCCUCAGUAUCAAAUCUGCCGCAUCAAGAUCCCAAGGAUCCCUUGCCGCCCUCUGCGCCCUUCGACCGCGACUCCCUUUCACCAAAAGGUUCGGUGGCGGCCCAGCAGGAUGGCGUCCAUUCGCGCAUGCGUGACCGCUUUCUUCGAGACUCGCCCGCUCUACAACCAACGACCCUCAGGGAUCACUCGACAAGUCCAUUCCGUCUGCCCAUGCCCAUGAUCAGUCCCGCACAAUUGGCCUUCUCUGCUAUGCAGUUCUUGCCUGUUCCGCUGUUGGUCCUGAACAGCCUCAAGACAGUCGUGCUUGCCAAUGAAGCCAUGGGGCGGCUUUUGGGAAUAGUCUCGGAAAAGAGCGAGGAACAUUUGGACACCACCACUUCCGUCCUGGAUAGGCUCCGAGGACAGUCACUGUCGCAGGUCGGUGUCGACUUGGUUCAGGAUGGUAGACCCGUCUGGGUAACGUGGGAGAAUCUUCUGGAGUCCCUGGUCAUCGAGCUUGGCGCGUCAAAACUGGGCAGCGACGAUAUUGCGACCAGUGUCGACGGCGACCAGACAUCCCCGGCAGAGGCUGCAAAUCACAACGACAAGACGCAGGCCUCAUCAACCGUCACGCCGAGCACUGCGCUAGAUGUGGUGAUUACUCGGAAAGCUCUGAGCAGAUCCACCAUGGACCUCUGGUCCAAGUCCAGAGCUUCCGAAUUUCAAUCAUACGCCAAGAUGCUCAUCACCGUCUGGGAAGUCGACGAUCAGCAGACCUACUUCACUCUAACAUUCACACACCACGACACCUCAACCGCCCAAGCCGCUCCCAGACCCAAGAAGUCAGUAGCCCGAGCUAACAUCCUAGAGGCUUCUGAGAGAAAGUCAAUACCCCAUUCGAACUCGCCAUCCUUGAGCUCUGGCCAGGGAUCCAUCUCGCCCUCCUAUACUAUUAGCCCUGGAGCUGUCGCGGUGUCCUCAAGCCCAUUUCCUCCUAUGGGACCACCUGCCAAAUCGGCCUUGUCAAGCACCCCGUCUAUUUUACAGAAAACACUCCUGAUGAAGGACGCGCUGCUCGACAAUACCGAAAUGGCCGUAUUUGCCAUGUGGAAAGAUGGCAGUGUGAUGUAUCCAAAUGCUGCGGCCCGCAACCUCCUCAAGCAGGGUACUGCUCUGGAGGAUUUCCAGACCGGCCAUGAUAUUCUUCCAAAUUGGGAGGUCUACGAUGAAGAAUUCACUAGGAGACUCGACCCCGAUGAGUUUCCUAUAUCUGUCCUGCUGCGGACAGAAACACCGUUCUCGAAUAUGCGAAUCGGGAUGUAUGACGCCAAUGGCGAAAAGCGUGUUUUGGACAUAAUGGGAGAACUCAUCAAGGAUGAGACGACUGGGGAGACACUGGCCGGUGUUGUCACUGCUCACGAUGUCACCGACAUCACCCAAAUGAUCACGCAAAUCAAAGAGGACGACGAGGAAAGGUUCAAACUGAUAUGCGAAUCGAUGCCACAGUUUGUCUGGACUACCGAUCCGGACGGUAAGCACGACUUCUUCAAUAACCAGUGGUACAGUUACACUGGUCUUUCCACAGAGGACUCGCUUGGUGAAGGAUGGAUCAACUCAUUCCAUCCCGAUGAUCUACAAGAAACCCUAGCGAGAUGGAAACAUUCCCUGCAAACUGGGGAGCAGUACAUGACAGAGUACCGGUGUCGCAGCAAGGACGGAGAAUGGAGAUGGUUUCUUGGCCGAGCAUUGCCGCUCAAAAAUAAAGAGACGGGAGAGAUUGUGAAAUGGUUCGGGACCUGUACCGACGUGCACGAAAACAUCGAAACGAAGCUGGCAGCCAAGAGAUACCGCGAACAGCUUCUCAGCGUCAUCGCUCACGCCCACGUGACCAUUUUUUCCAUUGAUAUCAAUAGGAAGGUCACCAUGCUUGAAGGUGCUUUGAUAUGGGAUGCAACGAAUGAGAACCAACAUUCUACAACUCAUAGCGUCGGCUCGCAGUGGUAUAUCGGGCAGAAUGUCGAUGAAGUCUUUAACCGCCUGACGCCCCAUUUGAGACGGGGUGAGCAACCCGGGUUUCUCAGGUCUCUGGACGAUAUACUUGAAGGCAAAGUCAAGCAGGACUUGAAAGAACACUCCAUUGAUGAGCGGUGGUACCGAACGCGCUUUUUGCCAAUAUACAGAAAAGAUGAGAAACACCUAAGUGGGAAGUCCAUCGAGGGGGCAAUCGGCGUCAUCAUGGACGUGACCGAGUUGAAGGACAAGGAAGCAGACCUUGCAGUACAGGAGCGGGAGAAACGGCAAGCCAUCGCCAGUGAAGCUGCCGCCAAAGAGGCUAGCCGGUUGAAGAGUCAAUUUUUGGCAAAUAUGUCCCACGAGAUCCGAACUCCUAUCACUGGCGUGAUCGGCAUGGCAGAGCUUCUGCUCGACAUGGACCUCGGUCAAGAGCAGCGAGACUUUACUGAGAAUAUUUAUCGCUCAGGAAAUGCCCUUCUGACCGUGAUCAACGAUAUCCUGGACUUUUCGAAGGUAGAAUCGGGGCGUCUAGACGUUGAGGAAGUCCAGUUCUCGCUUUCGGUCAUCAUUCGUGAUGUGAAUAAGAUGUUGAGCUUCGCAGCCGAACGCAAAAACCUCGAUUUCCAAGGAUCCAUGGCACCUGAGCUUGCCAACGAUCUUGUCUUACUGGGCGAUCCGGGGAGAGUGAGACAAAUCAUUACGAACCUGCUCACCAACAGUAUCAAGUUCACCAACCAGGGCCAUGUGCAUUUCUCUGUCUUGAAGGAGAAGGAGACAGCCGACACUAUCGAGGUCAAGUUCGUUGUUGAAGACACCGGGAUAGGGAUCGACGAGGAGGUUCGAAAGCGUCUUUUCCAGCCUUUCAGUCAGGGCGACGCGUCUACUGCGCGGAAGUUUGGCGGAACUGGGCUGGGUUUGACUAUCUGCAAAAACUUGCUCGACCUGAUGAAUGGCAGAAUAGAUCUCCAGUCCAGCGUCGGCUCGGGGACAACGGCGACAUUCUGGAUACCGUUCAAUAAACCCCAGGGCGCUCAGAGAUCUGACGUAGUGCAGAUCGAACCUUUGACUGACAGGUUGCAAUCCGACGUGAGCGUGUCUUGCAACAGCUCAGAGCUAGAGCAGCAGCGAAUGGGCACACCCCCGACCGAAUCGUGCCAAAGUCCUUGGGACGGCAACAAAAGCUCGCCAGUACGGAAAACACGAUCAGGCCUCCCAGUCUCAACGCGGCCAAACGAGGAUGAGAUGCCAUCAAAGGACCGCGCCAAAAUUCAUGUUCUUGUCGUUGAAGACAAUGCCAUCAACCAGCAGAUCGCUACCAAAACCAUCAAGAAACUUGGCUUCAACGUUACCGCCGCUUGGAAUGGCAAGGAAGCCUUGGAGUACCUCAAGUCGGCCAAGGAUGGCGACAAGACCAAACCGGACAUCAUCCUUAUGGACGUGCAGAUGCCUGUGAUAGAUGGGUACAAGUGUACGCAUGUCCUUCGACAGCAUCUACCGUACAGGGAUUUCGUCAAGGACAUUCCUAUUGUUGCCAUGACUGCUUCUGCGAUCCAGGGAGACAAGGCCAAGUGUGUGAGGGCCGGCAUGGACGACUAUCUGGCAAAGCCAGUCAAGAGCCGCACCCUGGAGAAGAUGUUGAUACACUGGUCUUAUGCCAAGCGUGUCAACCUCCCAAACCAACACGGUUCCACCUCGUCAGAAUGCUCUGACUCUGUGGACUUGUGCAGCAACUCUGACAUACCCAUGGUUGGUCACGACGAGUUUCUCCAGGCGAUCAAGGCGACCGCGAGUGGCCGAGCCGAGGGAAGAUUCAACUCGGUCCAGCCGCUGCCGACACCCAGACCACGCGAGGAGCGACCCUCGGCCGACGGCAUCCCCUCGGAAGGAUACGGGUUCUUCCCGGGGGGCUCGGAUUUCUCGCUUCCGGUCCGGCGCCGGGAGACCGACGAACAGGCGCUGCACUCACGGGACGACAAGCUCAUGAACGCUGCCAGCGGGGGCGCAGGCGCGACUCCGCACAGCCACUCGGCUCUGCAGUCUCAGACGGCCACCGGGGGCCUCACGACCGCAAACGUGGAGAAGCUGCAGAGGCAGGAGUCUAUGCGACGACAGCACUCAUAA